AUGGCCACCACAGAAGAAUACCGUAGUCCGCAUGCAGACUCUCUCGAGCUCGCCACCAAGCUCCCGCCAAUCCCUACGGAUGAAACGACAGUCGCGGAAAUCGUUGAUGAGCUCAAGGCAUGCGAGACUGAACCCGUGUUUGCACUGAUCUGCGAAAAGAUCGAGGAGGAUAUCUUUUGCUCCUAUGAGGUUGCUGAGAAUACAAAGUUGCAACCUGUGAUGCACGACACCAUGCUUCGGCUGAAGCUAGGUUACUUUGGAACGGGGAAGGACACCCCAAAGCGGAUCGAAGACACGUGCAAAGCCUACCUAGCGCAGGAGGUACAUCUUGCCUUCCAGCCCCCACCCGCUCUCACGGAGCCCAACCCAAGCCCCGUACAGCUGACAUUCGUAGACGUCAGCUCCCAGCAUCGGAAGUACGACGACGUGGAUACCUGGGACCCCGAGGUUGUGGAAGCCAGCAGGGACGAACCUUUUGACCACGCAUUUAUGCGUUUCCGAUCCCAGGCAAACACGAAAUACCGGCAUCCCUACCUGCCGACCGUGACCUUUUACGUCCUGCGCAACGGCGAGGAAAUCCGGAUCCGUCAGACCCCGCUCUCCUACACAGUGGGGGACCACCUCUCCCAGUCUAGUGAGAUACUCUAUAUCCACGCAGACGACUCCUUCCACACAGCUCAAGCAGCAUGGCCCCAUUCCCCCGAACUAAGGAAAUACGAGAUGUGGAAACGCGUCCUCCCCCCAUACUGCCAAACGCCGUCGAACUGGGUAGACACUACCCCUCCCCCGUCCCUCUCCCUCCCCGAAAGACCAAUAGAAGGGUUCUGGAUCCCAGUCCCCACGCUCUGCCUGCCCGUCUCCGGGCUCCUACCCCUCCCAAACACCCGCACACCGGACCUGAUCCCCAAGCUCACGUACAUCCCCGCUCGCGCAUGGCCCUCCCAGCCCGAGCCAUCCACGUUCAUCUCCAUCGACCAAGCGUCAGACGUGUGCCUCCCUUCAGACCGGCUUGUCCCCCCUCUCACGCUAGAACAAGCGAAAUCCCUCCUCGGCCGAAUGAUCCAGUUCUCGGACUUGGAGCCCGGGCAGGAAAAGUAUCGUUCCAAAUACCAGUCGCGCGAGCUAGCGUUCGCGUUCGGGCUCGACUCGACAACGAUGAAGCUGUACGUGCGCGACCGGCAUGGGCAGUACAAGUCUGCUGCGUAUACGCUCUAUUUACGGGAGACGGCGCAUGAGGUGCAUUCGGCGCCUUGGGACCCUGCGCCCGAGGCUGUGAGGCAGAGACAGGAGAAGGAACAUUAUGGGCACGGGAUCUGGGGCUUGAGAGCGAGGUUGUGUUCCUGGGUCGGGGUGGUUACACUCCCUGGGGAUAGGGACGCGAUGGGGGUGAGGACGGGCGGGACGGAGGAUAAGAAACGGCGUGAAGAGGCGGAGCAGAAGGCUGCAGACGCGUUCUGGACCAAAGUAGACGAUGCGAUCAAGUUGCUCAACCCUCCCCCUGUGGGUAUGACACUGGAGGAGAUGGCUGGACCGCACCCGAAGCCUGUACACUGGGAAGCACCCUUCGAAGUGGGGAAAGACGGCACGCUUUUGGUGGGGGAUAUCGCUACCUGCCGGCAGAUGUCGGACUUUAGGGAAGUGAGGCGUGUUAGGCCGGGAGUAUGGAGAGCGUGGUUUGUCCGUGUUGGCCCGGAGAGCAAGCAUGCGGAGUAUGAAGGAGGAGUGGAGAGCGUGCAUAUGCGCUGGUUCGGGGAGGGUACGGUGGACUAUUCUAACCCUAAGGCGGAGGAGAGCGAGGAAGCGAAGCUCCUGGAGCAGGAAGGGGAAGGCAAGCCUUGGGAACGCGUUUGCGUUCUCUCAGUCGACGCUGGCACAUGUGGCAUCCUCGCCCGUUCUUCCCUCUCUAGAGGCGGGUUCCUGCGAUCCAGAUUCGUCGACCUGGAGGGAGUGCUCGAGACUCUCGCAGAAGGAGGGCCGGGGUCGGGGAUGUAUUUGAGUCCUACGCAUGUUCCGGGCGGGAUCGUGUGCCCGAGUGGGCCGGGGGAUGGGGGGUAUGUCCUUGGAGGGAGGAGGGAUGGGCAGGGGAGAUGGGUGAGGAUUGGCUUGGAUUUUUGGAGGGAUUUGACUAAGGGGGAGGAGGAGGAGGAGGAAGAGGAAGAAGAGGAAGAAGAGGACGAGUGA